AUGUCUAGUGAAAAUAAUACUGCUACGAUUCAACUUAUUGUUCGUAAUGAGUCUUUUGAACUAUCUUCUUCUCUAUUUCGUCAAUUUCUCGAAUAUUCAUCAUCUGCUGAUUUCAGCGAUUCUAAACGAGAUGAACACCAUCGCAUUUAUUUAAAUGUUGAUCCAUGUAUUUUUAAUGCUUAUCUUCUUUAUAUUCAAUCAGGUUGUUUUGUUCGACCUGAUCAUUUAUCUCAAAAAGACUUAAUUAAUGGUUUACGUAUAUGUGGUGCACCUAUCACUUUAAUUAAUCAUUAUGAAUGUUAUGAUAUAACAUCGAUUCUAUCUUCGCAUGAAUAUUCAUCUCAUUCAAUUCAUACGGAAAAAAGUAUUCGACAUAAAUGGUUCGAUGCAUUAAUUCUAGUCGGACUUUUUAUUGCCGGAUAUUGUUUAACUAUUGAUUUAUAUCGACAAAUCUUAGUAUUAAACAAAAAUUCUUAUGAAGAAAGAUCUCCAUUGUUAAUUAUUAUGAUAUAUUUCAUUGAUGGUAUUUUAUUUCUCUAUUCAUGUGUGCAUGCAAUAUCAAAAUUUAUUUCAAGUAUUGGUGAAGAAAAAUCAUUAGAAAAAGAUCCAUAUCUCAUAACUAAUAUUAUCUCGUGUUUGGGUAUUUUAUCUUAUUUUACUAUUCAACGUCCAAUUACUAAUGUUUAUUUAUCCCAAGGAAAUUUACUUUGGAUUUUUAUUCAUAUUUGUCGCACUAUUCGUAUAGCACAAUUAGGUUGUCGUUUAAUCGAUAUUCAAUGGUGUUUAAAUGCUAUUAGUCAAUGUUGCUGGACAUUUUUACAAACAAUUACAGGACUUUUUUGGAUAUUUAUUUUUUCAGGUUCUAUGUUAUACACAAUGGAUAUGAUAGAAAAUAAUCAACAAUAUUCAAGUAAUCGUCUAACAAUUCUUUCAGCACAUGAAACUUUAUAUACAAUUGGAUAUCGAAAUAAUGCACCAUAUGGACGUUUGACACGUUUAUGGACAUUAAUAAGUAUUUAUUUAAUGUCAUCAAUUAUACAAAUACUUUUAUGGUGGUUUCAAACAAAAGUUACUAUUCAAUGGAAAAUCUUAUUAGAUCAUGAAAAACAAAAAUCAAUAUGA